CGACUCACAGGGUUUCGAAUCCCAACGCUACCACGUCCUUCUUCUCUUUCUUUCUCUCUCUGGCUUUUCUAGGGUUUUUUAAGCGACUAUAAUUUUGCGGUCUCCCAACCGUAGCUGUACUUUGCUCUCUGCUUUUAUAGAGCGGGAAGGAGAAAUGUCAAAAAGGGGAAAGAGGAAGGACGAGGAAGAGUACUCCGAAGGCGAUGCUCCGGUAUCGAAGGUCGCCAAGAAGGAUACCGGCGAUGAUUCCGACUCCGAAGAUAUCUUCGUCUGCCAGAUUUCAAAAAAUCGGAGAGUGUCUGUGAGGAACUGGCAAGGGAAAGUUGUGGUGGAUAUUAGGGAAUUCUAUGUGAAAGAUGGCAAGGAAAUGCCCGGCAAGAAAGGUGUUUCACUAAGCAUGGAACAGUGGAGUAAGCUCCGGGACCAUGCGGCCGAAAUCGACGAGGCCAUUGGGGAGAGAGAAGAGUAAUUAAGAAGUGAUAAAAUGAAAUGGGGCUGCUGCUGCUGUAACUUUUGAUGUCGUUUUGGUAGAAGCCAUAUAGGACGAAUGGGUACUGAUCAAUCUGUACUGUACGUGUAGUUGUAAGUAGGCGCGGCAUGGUAUGACAUAAUGGUGUGGUGGGUUUUGAUAUGUAUGCUUGCUUGAAUUGAAACGGGGACCGACAUUAUGCAGCGCUUCUGUUGGAACUUUGGUGGGUGUAAUGUUGCAUUUCGCAAAUGGAGAUGAAACUUAAAACAUGCUGCUUUCUUGUGUCAUGGGGAAUUUUGUUCCAAUUCAUGUUCAUAGUGGGAGACAAAUAUUAUUCCCUUUCGCUCGUCU